UAGACUUUCAUGGACUUUCACAUUUGAACCCGUCAGGGGCACCCGCGCCGCCCCAGCCCGCGGCCCGCUGGCGGCGGAAGCGGAAGGGCCGGGCAGCAGCGGGAGCGGCAGCCUCGGGAGCGGCGGGAGCGGCGCUCGGUACCGGCGGCAAAAAUGCCUGCAACAUGCGACUUUAUUACACUCCACACUGGGCAGAAGAUGCCUCUCGUGGGACUGGGAACCUGGAAAAGUGACCGUGGCCAAGUGAAGGAGGCAGUGAAACAUGCCCUCAGCGUGGGCUAUCGCCACAUUGACUGCGCAGCCGCCUACAGCAAUGAAGCCGAGAUCGGGGACGCCUUCCAGGAGUGUGUUGGGCCCAACAAGGUUAUUAAAAGGGAGGACCUGUUUGUAACAUCAAAGCUCUGGAAUACCAAACACCACCCAGAAGAUGUAGAGCCAGCGCUGAGGAAAACACUUGGAGAUAUGAAACUGGAUUACCUGGACCUGUACCUCAUGCACUGGCCUCAUGCCUUUGAACGAGGGGACAAUCUCUUCCCAAAGAAUCCCGAUAACACGAUGCGUUAUGACUACAUUGAUUAUAAGGAUACCUGGAAGGCAAUGGAGAAACUGGUGGAAAAAGGUCUUGUGAAGGCCAUUGGGCUGUCAAACUUCAACAGUCGUCAGAUCGAUGAUGUAUUAAGUGUGGCUACUGUGAAGCCAGCUGUGCUCCAGGUGGAAUGCCAUCCUUACCUAGCUCAGAACGAGCUGAUUGCUCACUGCCAGAAGCGAGGCCUGGUGGUCACUGCCUACAGUCCCCUUGGCUCUCCAGAUCGCAUGUGGAAACACCCAGAUGAGCCUGUGCUGCUAGAGGAACCUGGGGUCAAAAAAAUUGCAGAAAAAUACAGCAAGUCACCUGCACAGAUCGUCCUCAGAUGGCAAGUGCAGCGUAAAGUGGUUGUCAUUCCUAAGAGUGUCACUCCUGCUCGCAUUCAGCAGAAUCUGCAGGUGUUUGACUUCAGCCUUACAGAAGAGGAGAUGAGCCACAUUGGAAGCCUGAAUAAAAACUGGCGUUACAUUGUGCCAAUGAUCACGGUGGAUGGAAAGCUAGUAGCCAGAGACGCUGGACACCCUCACUACCCGUUUAAUGACCCCUAUUAACUACUGGAUAAUCAGGUGUUAAAGUAAUGCUCCUGUAAUUGCCCUUCCACAAAGUAAUUGUUGCACCGUCCAAAUGAAAACCUUCCUUCCCAAGCAGGUUUUCCUACAGUGUACACCUGCCUGGAGAUCCUGUAGCUUCUGUUCUAAAGUUUAUGGAUUUAUUACAAUAACUGCAAGCUGGCUCCUGGAGGCAUCAUCAGAUACUUUGGAGAUUAGAUAAAAAGUAAUGGAUUCUAAGUUCCAAACACAUCGUUAUCAGACAAGGGCAUUACUUGGAGUAAUUACUUUGGUUACUACUGUGAAAUGGUUUUGAAAAUUUCGGUUACUACCAUGAUGAGGGGAAAAAAAAAGAAGGGUGAAGGCGUGAAAGUUUUUUUAAGGCUAAAGAAUUGCUCAGCCAUCAACUUUGAUAUCUUUAAUAAUAAUUUUUUACACAGGGAAUGAAGUAAAAUGUGCUACAGCUGCACUAUGUCUAUAAACCAUUCAUUAAAACCCAAGUAAUCAGCCAUACCCAGUGCUUUUAUCCACUUCAUAGCACUUUUGUGACCUAGACUUGUCAAUUUUCUCUUUCUUUUAAUUUGCCUGUAGAUUUGAGGAGAAUAAAAGCAGACCCUGGAGCAGGCCUUCAGGGUAAUCCUCUCUCUUGCUUGUCACAGUGCUGGGUUUCAGCUCUGAUCCCGUCACAAAAGCCACAAGAAAUUUUCAGCAAGUCUUGCAGAAAAAAAUCCUGCUUUUCCUGUGAAGCUGUCCAGUGUUUCUUAGCCAAAAAUGUCCAUUUUGAGUUCUGGAAGAUCACAAAAUUAGUUCCUAAUUGUACAGUAAGACCAAAGACCUGUCAGAGCUCCCAGUGUUUUAAUGUUGCAUUUUUGGCUGCUGCCAAAAAAUGUCUUUGGUUGAUACUUAGGAGAGCUGCUCCUGUGUCCUGCUGUGCCACUGACCUGCCUUUUGUGCCUGUUUUCUUACUUGCCAUGUCUCUGUGUUCCCCUGGCAGGGACUAAUUUGCUGAGUGCUGAUGCACCCGUGGACUGGAACUCCAGCUCUAGGCACAGUUUUCUUUUGUUUCAGUCUCCUAAUGAACUGGUUGGUCAUCUGAGCACAAAGGGCAUAAGGUGUUAGUACCUACCUGUGCUCUGGUGGUGACACUUUCUUUUGGUCCUCUCUACCUGUUAAAUAGGAUUAAUUUUUUCCCCAUUGUAGUAGCAAGCAAUUAGAAAAAUAGUCUUGUAUAUCAAAUAGUUCAAAAGUUAAAGAAUUAGACACUUUAAUUUGGAUAACCUAAUUUGCCAUAGGCUUAUAGCAGAUCUGUGUAUUCAUUUUGAGCCUUCUUAGGUAAUUCCUGCCCUGGGCCUCACAGUGUGCAGCUGAGCUGGGAAAAAAAGUGACACCCAUUUAUCACUCCUUGUAAACCGCAGGCAAAAUUUCAGGAACUUCCUUUGUAAAAUGUUUCCUAACUCCUGAUGAACUUGCCUCAGUGGAGGAAGCCAUUGCACCUCAUUUAGGAUUCUUUACUAGACUGGACAUUUUCUCCUAAGGAAAAUUAAAUUCCUGUUGGUUUCUUUAAUUGUUCUACUCAGACACGAUGCCUUUGAAUAUCGUUCUUGUUGCAGUCAUUAGGCAAGCAAUUGCACUUUGAAGGCACUCUGGAGACUGCAGCCAUCCUGCCAAGGACAGUGGCUUUUCUUGCUUGUUUCACGUGCAUUUUUGCUUGUUUAAAUAAAUUCUGUACGCACUGUA